AUGUCAGUUUUUGGAUCACAGUCAGGUCUUUCCGAACAGACGCUAUCGGACGAAGAUGACAGCAAUGUCCCGAUGCAGAUUCUGGCAGAGACUAUAGAUAGACGAAAGACACAGAAUCGCAUCGCCCAGAGAAAGCACAGACAAAAACUCAAGAAGCGUAUCGAAGAACUAGAGCUGCAACUGGAGUGCGCAAACUUUAACUCCCGAUCGGUCGUUCCAAGAAUGUCACCUCACCCUAUACCAAUGCCUGCACCGUCGUGCUCGAAUUCAAGCGGGGAAAAUAUGUUACCCCAUUUUGACCACAUAGAGAAUCUCUUCACAAAGUCUAACGGUCACCUGGGAAGCUUUUGGAGUGCCCAAGAACUGAGCUCGUUGUCCGGCGUUUCGCUUCCACUUGGCCACAUCACGACGCCUAUACCCGCCGCAGACGUGUCACCAUUGCAAUAUCAGAACCUAACAGGUGAUAAUUCUCUUAAUAGAGGUAUCCCCCACACCUCAGCUCGCUGUGGCAUAGAACGACCGACAGCUUCUCUCUUGAUGACACCAACUACCGAAAUUAACGAGGUUCUCGCCGUGCCUGAUGCGAGUCGCAGGUCUUCUUUGCACCCGCUGAGUGACCCGGCAGAACUGGAUGAUCCAUCUACUCCUCCUUGCUCAUGGACCAUGGAGCGAAAGAUCGCCUACAUUAUCGAUUGCGCCAAGACGCUCGGCUUCCGCGACUUCGACUCGGUCGUAAAGACCUACUACACCAGCUCAUUUGAAGUCAUGUCUCGAGCCCAUGAUAUGCAGAGAGUUAGUAGAAUUCGUGGCCUCGGGUGUGUCCUUAGGACUAUCGAUGCCAGCGCCCAAGCCUGGCCACAUCACGAGAGCCAGAUCUACCAAGCCGAGAUUUUCAAAGCCGCCGAGCGUCUUUAUAGGGCUGAACUCCAGAGAGCCAUUGGCAGCGGAGCGCUGAUGGUAUUGGAGCAGCGCCAACGACUGAAGGAGGAUGAAAUGAAUGCGCCGGCGGCUAAGCUUACAUCUCAUAAGAGCGAACUCUUAUCACAGCUUCCAAACCUUUGGACGUUCUUACUGGAGCUCUCGGAAUGCAACCCUCCGACAUCCUUUACCGCGCUCCUACAUUACUACUUAUCCUAUCAGAAAGACGUAGCUUCCGAUCACAGGAUAUGA